AUGAGAGUGGCUGUUCUGCGCAUGCGGAGAGAAUGGCUGCCUGUGGAGUUGAACAUGGUUUCAGAUCUAAGAAGAAUGGCUUCAAAAAUUCAAGAAGAUAAGAUCUUCAAACAUGUUAUCAUGAACAGCAUAAAAGGUAUAUCUUUGCGCUUGUGUGUGUCCUCUUUGACCACAGAUGUCACUUCCUCAGAUUCACUCAGGAACUUUGGAGGGAUUUGCAUCUCUGGGACACUGCAGAAUACUGUUUUAUCGACUAAACUUUUGUCGAGUGACUGCAUUAUUGGUAAAGAACCUAAAAACACGUGUGAGAUAUCACAACUGAAGUGA